AGAUGAUGGUGUCACAAGAAGAAGAAAUAUUCUCUGUAACAAUCGAUGUGCCUCAUGGUGAGCGCCUUGGUCUACUGCUUGCUGGUGGCACAGAUUCUCCCAUUGAGAUUAAAACAGUACAGGACGGUUCAGUAGCCAGUCUGAGUGGUUUGACUGGAGGACUACAGAUAAUGAGUGUUAACAAUACUAUAUUCGCUCCUACAACCACGCACCAUGACGCCAUUAUGGCGCUCACUGCUUCUAAUAUACUUAACAUCUCUGUAAAGAGAAACAUUGGAAGCGCUAAAAGGAAACUUUUAGAAGAUACAGACAAGUCCCUGGAAGAUGAUGAGGAGAAUAUGGAUGAUAAAGAAAUUAAAGACAUGUCAUAUGGGGUGAAGAAGACGGACAUCGGCUCAACUCUCUCGAUAUAUCUCCAGAAGAGGCACGCUCUACACAACUUUCAUCUUGUAGAAGUUACAAGCUCCUUAUGGCUAUCUGGUUGGAACCAGAAAGAACCAGCGCUACAGGACAAGUUUCAUGUUGGAGAUCAGCUGCUAAGCGUGAACGGACAACCUGUAACCACAGUUGCUGAAGCGUAUACAAUCAUGGAGAUGACCCCAAGCGGAGUGGAGUUGCUGCUGAAAAGAAUGCCCCUCGCUGCUGAGUACAAAAUGCAUAGAGAGAAGGAAUCUGAAGAUUGGGGAAUGCAAAUUAGACAGAACAGAUUGGUUGAUGUGAUACACGGUGGUAUAGCUUGGACUGCUGGACUGCAGCCCUUCUCUGCUGAGUUUGCUGAUAAAGCCUGCUCGUGGGCCAUUACUCAAGUCAACAGGUGCCCAGUUAGUGUGCUCUGCAGAUCUACUGACGUCAUCUGGACCAAGAUAAACAGUGGGAAGACCGAUGUUUCCAUCACUCUUCAGCCCUCCGAAUUUGUAAAUCUUCUCUCAAAUUCUCUUCUCGAACACCCCCACUACGAGGACUUUGUAGCCAGAUCUUGAAAACGAAUUCUGAUAAUCUUAUUUAAGUGGGUAAUUCGAAUGUAAGUAUCUUAUGGACGGUUGGGUGUCAGUCAGAGAUUUUAUUAGUCAGAAGUUUUAUGUCACGUUUCAGAGUUGAGAAUUUAGUAGCCAAGCUUUCAUUUGCAUUUUUAUUUCCUUGUAUACAGUGUACAUAA